UUUGUGAUGCAACAACCAGUUGGGAAAGAGACGUCAUCCGAGACUAAUAUCAGAGUCGAUCAGCAAAUGGCUCGUCAAUUUUUCAUCAUCGGUGUCUUGUUGGUUUUCGCUUGUUGGACAUCGGCUUCUAGCGCAGUUUCACUCGAGGACCAACUGCAGCAGCUAAGAAACAAUUUCAUUAAAUUUAAAGAGGAAACGGCAGCGAAAGAAAUUAAACUGGAAGAAAAAGUGGCUGAACUGGAAACCAAACUCAUUCGACUCGAAGGACUGGUCGAAAGGAAUUUAAUUGAUUUGAUCAAGGAAGAUUUUUCGACCAAAAUCGUUCACCUGGAAUCCAAUGUGCAUAAACACAAGGAAAUGCUUGUGGCCAUUCAAUCCAUGCAGCCAAAUAUUUUCCCAAAAUUGGACUUGGACAAUUUGGAAGUUGCCCAACAAUAUGUCAAAGCGAGCGGAUUGAGAACGUGCAGAGAAAUUCGUUCCAAUGAUCUUUCUCUCCCAUCCGGAAUGUACUGGAUCGAUCCGGAUGGCCAGGGAGUUGGAGAUGACGCCAUCUUCGUCCACUGCGAUAUGACGACAGGAACGACUUCGGUUCUUCACGACAGCGAGUCGCCGAUGAAUGUGGGCCAUUGCGUAGAACCCGGAUGUUAUUCCAGGGCAAUCAACUACAAUGCUUCUAGUAAACAAAUGUCAGCGUUGGCUGAAUUAUCAAUCGAAUGCCGUCAAUCGAUUUCGUACGACUGCAACUACGCCCCCUUCCAGUUCAACAACGUCCCUUAUGCCUGGUGGAACGACAGGAAUGGAAACCCGCAUUACUAUUGGUCCGGAAAUAUGUCGGAAGGCCAUGGCUGUCAGUGUAGCAUUGAUCAAAAUUGCGUUGACGCAAAUGCUAAAUGCAACUGUGACUCGAUUUCACCAAUGCAACUGACCGACGCUGGUACCAUCAGCGAUAAGAAACUUUUGCCCAUCACUCGUUUGAAUUUUGGACGAACACAUUUUGAAAUUUCAUCCGGAGUCCAUACACUCGGCCGAUUCCAAUGUUCUGGACAAGUGACCAUCUCCGGAAUGCCAAAAUCCUGCGAGGAUCUCUGGCGUAUUGGACAUUCCCUCAAUGGCGUCUACUCCGUCGUGGGAUCUGCAAUGAUAGAAAGUGUUUACUGCGACUUUACAAAACUCCCCGAAGAUCCAGGAUUCCAGAAGUGGAUCGGGUACGCCGACGUCAAGUCAGUGCCUACCUACUUUUACGUGCAGAGAAGUGAACGUUUCUCCAAAGUCAACGUUUCCAUCCCCUUUAAUAUGGCACUUGUCAACAUCGGGAACGCUAUGAAUUUGACGACGGGAAUUUUCACUGCUCCUAGGGCGGGAAGUUAUUUCUUCGCGUUCUCAGGAUUGGCCGAAUUCCCAAAAUUCUCCGGUCUACUCUACAUAGGGGUGGAUCUUUAUAUGAAUGGGCAACUGACCGGCAGGACAUUUAUUGAAGACGUCAACACUGUGGCCGGGCAAUACAGUCCGUUGAGUUUUCAAACGACACUGAAGUUGAAACAGGGCGACGAAAUCUGGUUGCAAAUUGACACCGUAUCGCCACUUAUUGAACCACAAAUCCCUCGUCAGCUUCCUUCGGUUGUAAAAUCGGUUCUCCUGUUUGACGAUUUCCGCCACUUUACUCACUUCACUGGUUGGAUGUUGGAUGAGGAUGUUUCAUUCUCACUUUGAUUGUCUUGUA